AUGGCUUCCAUGCCCAGAAUCAUUCUCAGAGACCAUAGAAUUGGAUCAUUCAAUGCGAUUCUUAAGCCAAAUUAUACUUAUCUCCCUCGGAGAAACUUUGUUAAUAGCCAUUUAGACGUGAGAAGCGAUUUUGGGAGAAGCUGUGCAGUUAGAAGUGAGUUGCGGAGCUCAAAUUCGAUUGUUGCGGCUGCUAGAUUCCCUAUAGAUCCUCUGAGUUCUAAAAGGAACUCACAAAUAUUGUGCUCAGCUACAACAAACAUUUCUGGAGAUAUUCCUGAAAGUUCCGGGGGCCUGAGCCAGUAUGAGAAAGCUAUUGAAACUUUAACCACUCUUUUUCCCCUGUGGGUCAUUUUGGGGGCUAUCCUCGGUAUUUACAAGCCAGCUGCUGUAACUUGGUUGGAGACAGACCUUUUUACUCUUGGCUUGGGUUUCCUCAUGCUCUCUAUGGGUUUGACAUUGACAUUUGAUGAUUUCAAACGAUGUCUGCGAAACCCGUGGACUGUGGGUGUGGGGUUUCUUGCACAAUAUUUUGUGAAGCCCUUGCUAGGCUUUGCCAUUGCAAUGUCCCUAAAACUUUCGGCUCCUCUUGCAACGGGUCUUAUUUUGGUCUCAUGCUGUCCUGGAGGCCAGGCAUCAAAUGUUGCAACAUACAUAUCCAAGGGAAACGUUGCUCUCUCUGUUCUAAUGACAACGUGUUCAACUAUCGGAGCUAUUAUUAUGACCCCACUUCUAACAAAGCUUCUAGCUGGUCAACUUGUUCCAGUUGAUGCUGCUGGCCUGGCAAUAAGCACCUUUCAGGUUGUUUUAGUCCCUACAAUUGUGGGAGUUUUGGCAAAUGAGUUUUUCCCCAAGUUCACUUCAAAGAUAAUCACGGUCACACCUUUGAUAGGAGUUAUCUUGACCACUCUCCUUUGUGCAAGCCCAAUAGGGCAAGUUUCGGAGGUCUUAAAAACUCAAGGAGCACAAUUGAUAUUGCCAGUUCUUGCUCUACAUGCUGCUGCAUUUGCUAUUGGUUAUUGGAUUUCAAAAACAUCAUUUGGCGAAUCCACAUCACGUACAAUAUCGAUUGAGUGUGGGAUGCAGAGUUCUGCGCUUGGAUUCUUGCUUGCUCAGAAACACUUCACAAACCCCCUUGUGGCUGUUCCUUCUGCUGUCAGUGUUGUCUGCAUGGCGCUUGGUGGGAGUGCCCUAGCUGUGUAUUGGAGGAAUACUCCAAUUCCCAUUGAUGACAAAGAUGACUUCAAGGAAUGA